AUGCCUCGUCGUCCAAGGACAAGUUUUGAAAAUGAAGAGCAAAGAAAAGAGCAUCGAAGAGAAUAUGCUCGAAAUUAUAUGAGACAACGACGUGAACAAAUGGCUAAUGCAGAAAGAGAGGAAGUAAGAAUUCAUUCAACUGAAGAGCAACAAAGAGAAAAAAAGAGAGAAUAUGCUCGAAAUUAUAUGAGUCAACGACGUGAACAAAUCACUGAUCUACAAAGACAAGAAGAAAGGAACCAUCGAAACCAAAAUGAUAGACAAAGAAGUGCUAAACGUAGGGCAGAAAUGACAGUGACAGAGAUUGAAGAGGAAAUGAGACAACAUGCAGAUAAAAUGAUGAAACAUCGUGCACAAACAUCUCAGGAUGAUGGAUAUAUAUUAAGAAGAAGAAUACAAAGAGCUAUGCAUUCUGAUCAAUUGAAUGAGAUGGAAAGACAACAAAUACAAGUGCGUAAUCGUGAAGCAAUUGAGGUUAGUUCUAAAGGGAUGAAUUCUUUGACAAUUGAUCGUGUGCUACAAACACCAAAUGAUAGAGUUCAAAAUGUAAUGAAUGUUGAUUUUCAAAAUCAUAUGGAAAACAAUAGUUCACAACAAGAAUUAACAACUCCUCUAAGAAGACAAAGACAAUUGCAAAGAACACAAAAUAGAAGAGAUCAAGGAGUAGUUAAUAAUGAUGGAAAUAUUGAGAUUGAUUUGAAGACUUUACAAAUGAUAUUUCGACAUGGACUCGAUCAACUUUCUUCACCAAGUAUGUGCUACAUUUGUCAAGAGAGUUAUCCUGCAAUGAAGGUUGUGCGAGUACUUGAGGGCCCUAUUUGCAAUCGCUGUCGUCAAGAGAAGAAUGAACAUCGAUUUUCAGCAUCAAACAAUAUGGAUCUUGGUCCACAACCAUUAGAACUUGCAAAUAUAACACAAAUAGAAGAAAUGUUGAUAGCACGUGUCAACCCAAUUCUUCAAGUAACACAUGCAACUGGGGGUCAAUACAAAUAUAAAAGACAUACCAUAAGUUUUCCACAAGAAGUGAGAGAAAUAGCUAAAAUUUUACCACAUCAGAUAAAAGAUUUGCCAAUCAUCAUUGUUCGAAAAAAAGAUCAACGUGGAACAAAUUAUAAUUUUACAAUUAAUAAAGAGAGGGUAUAUAGAGCACUUAAAUAUAAAAUAAAAUAUGAUAAGUUCUAUAGAGAUGUUCAAAUUGAUGAAAAUGCACUUAAUGACCUUACAUGUAAUUCAGAUGAGAACAUUUUUGAUCAAUUGAAUUCUGUUCAUAUGGAGUUUGAUUCAGACACAAAUGAAUAUGUAUUUGCGGGUCCAAUAUUGGAGAUGGAUGAAGAAAACAUUAUUAAUCACACUACAUCAAUGGCCUCUAAACCUCCAAAUGCUCGAAGAGAAAUGGAACUAAUUCAUGCAUGGGUAAAUAAUCCUAAUGUGGAUCCUGGAUCACUAAUUGAUUGGCCAGGAAUUGGAGCAUCUCCAAUAAAUGAGUAUGUCACUAAAGGAUUACUUGAUAUGGCUUUUCCAACACUAUUCCCAAAUAGACAGUGUGAUUGGAUAGAACCAUGA